AUUCUUUCAAAUUUUAGUCUUGCAGGUUUCGUAAGUGUCCGUCGGCAAAAUUGUUGUGCUCAUAUUAUUGCUGUCGCUUGAACAGCAAUAAGCAUGAACCCAGAAUCUUCAAGUAAUUCGGAUAAGCCGGAUGAAGACUACACUGCGACGAAUGGGAACGUUGCUUCCUCCAACAAUGUUGAGCUUCCUCUGAAAGAGUUGUUCUCCCUGGGUGUUCGCUUCUUCAAAGAGAAGAGCGGUGGUAAAGCAGCGACUCUGAGCUACGAAGAACGUGUGGCUCUGGUAGCUUACACUCAACAAGCAACCCACGGGAAAUUCGAUGAAAGUCGAGCCCAACCACUGGGUUAUCUCGACGUCAUCGGUCACGAUCGUCGGAAAUUCUGGAAGAACCUUGGUGACAUGUCAAAGGAGGAAGCCAUGGAGAAAUUCGUGUCUCGACUCACUGAGGUGUCGCCAGUUUUCGUCGCAUAUGUCGAAGCACACAAGCGCGAUAAAGAGAGCAAACUGAAAUCAGAAGAAGAUGCUGCCAAAGAGAAAGAACUUGCUGCUUUGCAAGCCGUGGAGAAGGAACGAGAGGUGCUGAAGCAAGAAGCUGAAUCACGCCAGCAGGAAGAGCGGAAGAGGUUGAUUCAAGACGCACUGAAUGCCCAAACGUACCCACAAUUCAAGGCGUACGCAGAACAACAGUACCCAGGCAAUCCAGAGCAGCAAGCUGUUCUUAUCAAGCAGCUUCAGCAGCAGCAUUACAUUCAGUACAUGCAACAAAUUUACCAACAACCAGAAGUAGAACGAAAGGAGGUUUCUAGUGAAGAGGAACCAGAAAGCAACGAAGGUGAAGAGGAAGGUGGUGAUUAUCCCAGAUGGUCACCGGCAACUAUGUGGACUCGCCACGAUAUAAAGGAAUUCAAGGAAGGUGUGAGAAAAGAAGGCGGAGAUUCUGUGAUCAGAGUCGGACACGGUGAAACUGUUACUGUCCGUGUACCUACGCACGAAGACGGCAACUGUCUAUUCUGGGAAUUCGCCACCGACUCUUACGAUAUCGGCUUCGGACUGUUUUUCGAGUGGGUCAAGUCUCCCACGGAGCAAGUCUCGGUGCACAUUUCCGAGUCGGAGGACGAAGAAGAGGAAGAAAUCGACGAAGAUGAUGACAAUCCGGAAGCUGGUCGUAAAGCCAGUGCAGCCGACGAGCCGCCAACUACCGUACUCAUCCCCGUGUAUCGUCGCGACUGCCACGAAGAAGUGUACGUGGGUAGCCACGAUUACCCGGGCCAGGGCGUGUAUUUGCUUAAAUUCGAUAACGCCUACUCGUUAUGGCGGUCUAAGACACUUUACUAUCGCGUUUAUUACACUCGGUGAAAAGUUUUUGAGGGUGCUGAGCUUCGUACCUACGUUUUCGGCCCUGUCUGGAACAAAUCGUGUUUCGAUGCGGGAAUAUUACGUUGAAAAACCAUUCAAUACAAUUUUUUUUUUCGAGUCAAAGUGUGGAGCUUCUUGCAUGAUCCGUCCGUUUCAUUUGAAGCAUUAAUGCCGAGUAUUCAAAGUAACUUUUGACGUUCACGGAUCUCUUAUUCAGUGUCCGUUUGGAUGGAACUUACUGGUGUUUGCGGAACACACUUAUGGAAAAUCUUUUCUUCCACUGUUGGCUAGAGAACAUUCCCUGUCUUGCUGAGUUUAAGAGUGACUGAUCGGAGUUCCUCCGGAAAAUAUUGGCUUUAAACUGGCGGAGUUUAAAAAUAUACUCAACAUGGCACUUUUUGGACAAUCGGGACAAGAAAACUAACAUGUAAAUUUUCGAUUAAAGAACGCAGUGUCAAAAACCAUUAGUUCGUCUCUCACGAAACUUUUUUUUCGGAAUUCUCGACCCUGAAUUUCUAGUUCGGCUAUUGAAAACUUGGCGGGGCUGAGGAAAAGAACGUUGUGGCGACAAAGUCGUUUUCGCGAACAUUUUUCUUUAUUGUUGGUGUCAACCGUUGUGCUGCCGGAAUUGUGAAGAUUUCGUGGGAACGGACAUUUUUUGCGAGUGAUUUCUCUUUGUCUUGCGAGUCGCCAAGACCUUCUCAUCAGUUGCAGAUGAUACUUCGCUUGAUUUCCCGCAAUUUUUCGUUUUUGAUGACUAUUACAGUUCUGUAUUUGAAUUAAGUGAAGAUGACCCGCGAGUAGAAAUUUUCUUGUUUGCUUAUGGUUAGAAUCCUCAUUUUUGGCCUGGCGUUUUCCGAAGACUACCGGCACUGUUGAAGGUGUUCUGGGCUAAUCAUCUUCGACUGCUGCAUUCUGAGCCACCGCAUCAUCAGUAGAUCCCGAAUUGACGCCCUAUUUGUUAGAUCUUCGACCUCAUUCGCACACGAGGGUUCUCAAAUGUAUGUUGAAGAAGACGGUUAAAAAAGGUCGAGCUGGGAAUUCUCCGAAUAGUCGUGCAAAAGAAACUGAUCUACUUAUCGAUUUAUCGGCAGGAAUACUGUACUUUGUUUGGUGAUGAAUUCAAUUAUUUUUCACGCUAAUCUGGGUGGAAUGCGAUGGAUUUCUGUAAUGUGAAGUAUUUAGUAAGAAUCAAGAGAAGGUGACCGGGCUCAAUCCGCGUCGUAUGAGGUCGUGUGUGCUCGAUUCGCAGGACAUCCGAGAAAUCUCUCGUUUUACGGCAUUCGAAAUUUGGCCUGUUCCGGAAAAACUUUUCUGACCAGAUUGUUGCAUUUUGCGCAGGAGUCCCUUCUUAAUGUCGCAUCAGUGUGGUGGCACAAAAUUGUCGUGUUUUUCUUGGUCGUGUUUGAAAUUGCUGUGACAAAUUAGCAUGAUGGAGCAAGUAUGAGCACUUGAGGUUUUUUUUUUUUUUCGGAGAUGGAGAAGACUCGAUUUAGUCAUGACGUUUGUCGAUUCACCGCGUGGGUGCUUCCUGAUUGAGUGGGAAUAUGCAGAAGCCUAUUUAUUUUCGAGGAUAA